GUCAGGGGCCUGGGGUCGCUGAUUGGUUCAAGGAAAGCACCAUAACUACAAGGAGUUUAUAUUCAUUCAACUUGUUGAAGUGCUCCUGCAGUCCAGAGGGAAGUUUGAUCUUGGACUACUUAUUUGAGAAAUCCUGACUCAUGAUCUUGGCGGUGGAUUAUGUUACAUAUAGUGUAAAAACAUGGAUUAAGUAAAGAUUAACACAAAAGAAAAAGAAAAAAAAAAUGGCGAAUGCAGACAGUGAAGUCAAAACUUUGCUUAAUUUUGUAAAUUUGGCAUCCAGCGACAUCAAGGCGGCCCUGGAUAAAUCUGCUCCGUGCAGGCGCUCCGUGGAUCACCGGAAAUAUUUGCAGAAACAACUUAAACGCUUCUCUCAAAAGUACUCCAGAGUCCCAAGAUGCCACGCGUAUAGAUCUGCGGACUACAAGUGCGCGAAAGCGGUCGGGGCCGUCCAUCAGAGUGUGUCGGUGCCAGUCAAGGCCAGCUCUGCUGCGCAAGAUGUUGGAAACGUGGGGAGCGCGGUGGAGCAGGUGCCCAUGAGGAAACGCCAACUUCCAGCUUCAUUUUGGGAGGAGCCAAAGCUGACCAAACCUAAAAGGGAGAUCUCGUAUUUGGGGUUGAAAAGAAACCCAGUGGUCCAAUCUGAGGACAGUGAAAGCGAAAAGAGGAAAAGGAGUAACGAUGACGACGCAAAGGUCAUGAUGUCUGCGUCCAGUCGGCGCACCUCUACGGAUAAAGAGACGCUGAAACUGGAUCUGACCUCACGCCACUCAGUGAGUGUCUGCGGCUGCUGCCCCUUCCAGUACCACGGACACCAGGUCCUCCACAGUCACAUUGUUGUCCCCCAUCCACCCUUGGGACUGUGGAGCAAGACGGCAGGAACUGAGUCAGAGAGAUUUGAGCAUCCUUAUGGACAAACAAUUCACACACACGUCGUGGUCAAACCUAUACCGACCAAACCCACAGCUCAGUCACCAAUUUUCAGUGUGUUUGGAUUAAUUUAAUCAGCCAGUUGAAGUCACCACACAGCAACGUGUUAAUAGGACUAAUUAUGUUCAUUUGGUUUAGACAGCAACUUCCUCUUUUGGCAUUUUAAAAGA